UAGUUGAGUCCAACCAGUUGUUGGUUACCAUGCCAAGUCAAUCGGCGUCGGCCUCUGCUAAGCGCAAGCAGGACGAGAAGCACUACAACAUCCUCAAGGAGCUCCUGGCUCAGGACUGCAACAAAAAGUGCUUCGAUUGCGGACAGCGAGGACCUGUGUAUGUUAACAUGACCAUUGGAGCCUUUGUGUGCACAUCAUGCAGUGGACUGCUUCGAGGUUUGAGUUCGCCUCACAGAGUUAAGUCGGUGUCCAUGGCCUCAUUCACACCUGAAGAGAUGGAUUUUAUCCAGAAACACGGAAAUGAUGCGUGCUACUGUGUCUGGAUGGGUCGCUACGAGCAGAAGUAUGGAGUGGAAGCUUUCCCGGAAUCAAAAGACGAGCUUAAAUUAAGAGACUUUCUUCACAAAAAGUAUGAACAGAAGUUAUGGUAUGUUUCGGAAGCAAAAGCAAUGGAAGAAUAUGAACAAGCGCGGAAGAAGCGAGAAGUGGUUACCCUGAAAGAAGCAGCAUCGAAAGCGCCGAGUGCUUCUAAACCUUCAAUUCCAGUCCCAGCCAGCUCUCGUGAUUCAAGGAGUGGCAAUAAAGUCAUGUUAGAUGCCGCAAGGCAGGCCCAGGCUAACAAAGCACCUAACGGGGGUAGUAGAGCAUCACAGUCGUCGACAAUGGUGUCGAAUCAAAAUCAGCUGGAUAUGAUAUUUGGAAGUCAGUCAGAAAAACCUAUGGAGAACAAGCCACAACAACAACAGAAAGAAGUCGAGUCGAGAAAUGCUUCAAGUAGCAGCCAAGUUGCAGUUACUUCAAAUGAUCCUUUUGCUUCAAAUGCAGGCGAUACAAACAAAAAUGGUUUUGACCUGUUCGCAAAUUUUCCGUCAACAAAUCAGAGUCAACCAAGUAUAGUUCCAGCAACACUUCCAGCAGGAUUCUCCAGUUUUGUGGAACCCACGGUCAGUAAUGCUACUUCUGGUUUUGCGGCUGAUUUCAGCCAAAUGAGCCUAAAUAACCAACCUGUUAUGAGCGUAACGGCACCAAGCGCGUCUCAAGCGAAUGUUCAAGCAAAGCCCAACACCUCAGUUCCAACUGCAGUUGUAAAUCCAACUCCGAAAAAUGAAGACAAAUAUGCUGUGCUAGCAUCGCUUGACGAAGAACUGAAAAGUGGUUCCAGUAAGACACCAUGGUCCAAUGAUAUAACAUCUUCGAACUCUCCUAGAGGCGGUGGGGUUUUUUAUAACAUGUCACAGCCGAAUAGCAACCCAAUAAGUUCCGGACUUUCGAAUUCGGGAUCUUUUUCUUCUGGCAUGUUUGUAUCAGGAGGAGCGAGCGGAAUGCAUCUUCCGCCACAGCAAGGUAACAUGAUUCCAACACAGCAAAAUGUUAAUACCAAUCCAAUAGCUCAUGUGAACCCGUUCAACACCGGCUCAUCUGUAGCACAAGCUGGCAACCCGUUUGCGGACCCGAAUUGGUCACAGUUUUCUCAAGGUCAAACUUCGGUAUCAGCAGCUCCUAAUCAGUUCACCACACCUGUUCCAGGUGGGUUCGCCCCAAUGAGCCCAAAUCAGCAGUUUGGUGCUUUUGGGGUCUCUGGCCAAAACACUGGUUUCAAUGCCCAAUCGCAACACUUCAGUCAAAAUAUGGUCAACUAUCAGAAUCAAACUUUUGCGCAGCAGCCAUCUUUUAAUGCGUUCGCAGCUGGAAAUAGUGCUCAUAUGACUUCAAACGCACAGCCGUUUUCUCCAUUUAACAUGAAUUCUCAAAUGUCUGCGAAUCCUAUGCUAGCUCAACAACAAAUUCAAAAUGCAACAAAUUUCACGCCGUAUGCAAAUUCUAUCACUUCAAAUGGCUUCACUUCACAGCAAAAUCAAUGGCCGUCGCCAGUGCCAGUCUCAAAUCAAAACAUGCAGAGUAGUUUUGCAGUUGGGGGAGGGGGAGGGGGAGGGAUUGGCCCGUUUGCAGGAAUGACUCAGCCGUCAAAGUCUCAUCAGAGUGCAACUGUUGGUGCCGCUUUUCCCCAAAUGCAGUGGCCCAAUCAACAGCAAAACACGGCGUCGGCAAAUAUGAAAGCAAAUCCGUUCUUGUAAUUGUAAUAUAAUCAAUUAUAAAAGGAUCUUUUU